GCGUCAGCGCGAGUCAAAGGCCGAUCGAAACGGUUCGCAAGGAGACGGACGUAGAGGAUUAACUUGAAGCGGAAUUUUAUUUUUACAUCUCAAAGCAAGCAAAAACGGUCAAAUUAAAGUUACCGAGGCCAGCUGAUGUUUUAAAGGGACGAGUGGAGAGUCUAUUACCCCUUCUGUAACUAGUCUAUCGGAUCCCGGAGAGAUUUUAAUCAUCGCGUUUUGGAGGAGGUAUUCGGUUAUUAGCUUAGCACGCUGGCCCGAGCGAAGCGCGAGCGCGAACAGACAUGAGCCUCGCGCGCCUCGGAUGUUCUUCCAUCGGGGCUUGUUGAAGCAGGAGGCCUCAAAUGGGAAAAACAAGCAUCGGGAAGGAAUACCAAGGAUAAUUUUGUAGAUGUAGUUCACAUUUCGGAGAAGGAUUCCUCGGACUUUACAACCCCAUCUUCAGCAUUUUUAGCUGGAUUUUAAUCUUUCCUAUCUGAAGACGGCCAUGGAAUCGACGGUCGAUGACGAUGCGAUGGAAGCGUGAAUGAGGUUUGGCGUGGCAGUAGCUGAACGAUGCCCAAGGGUGGGGGUUCUAAAACCCCCCAGCUGGAGGACUUCCCACUCAACACCGACAUGGUGGAGAAACAGGGUGGGAAGAAGGAUAAAGACAAAGGCUCGUCAAACAAGACUCCUAAAUUGGACCGCAGCGAUGGUGUCAAAGAGAUGAAAGAGAAGGCUCCUAAGAGGAAGCUGCCCUUCACCGUCGGAGCCAAUGGAGAUCAGAAAGAUUCUGACUCGGAAAAACAAGGUCCUGAGCGGAAGCGCAUUAAAAAGGAGCCCACCAACACCAGGAAGUCAGGCCUGCCGUUCGGGAUGGGCAUGCCAGGGAUCCGGGCCGGGUACCCCCUCUCAGAGCGGCAGCAGGUGGCUCUUCUCAUGCAGAUGACGGCGGAGGAGUCCGUACACAGUCCAGACACAACACCAAAGCACCAGUCACAGUCAAGUCUGGGUCAGAAAGGAACACCAAACUCUGCCUCAAAAACCAAAGACAAAGUGAACAAGAGGAACGAGAGGGGUGAGACACGGCUGCACCGGGCGGCCAUACGCGGGGAGGCACGCCGCAUUAAAGAGCUCAUCAACGAGGGGGCUGAUGUGAAUGUAAAAGACUUUGCAGGCUGGACCGCACUGCAUGAGGCUUGCAACAGAGGGUAUUAUGACGUGGCCAAGCAGCUGCUGGCAGCCGGGGCUGAGGUUAACACCAAAGGCCUGGAUGAUGACACGCCUCUACAUGAUGCGUCUAACAACGGCCACCUCAAAGUUGUGAAGCUGCUGUUACGAUAUGGGGGAGAUCCUCAUCAAAGCAACAGAAGAGGAGAGACGCCGUUAAAUGUGGCAAACUCCCAAACAAUGCUUAAUCUGUUGCUGGGAAAAGGCACUUACACUUCUAGCGAAGAGAGUUCUUCAGAUUCUUCAGAAGAGGAAGAUGCCCCAUCCUUCGCCCCAUCCAGCUCUGUUGAUGGCAAUAAUACAGACUCAGAGUUCGAGAAGGGCUUGAAGCUUAAAGGGAAGGCCAUGGACCCACCCAAAUCCACCACCACUCCUGUCAAGGACGAGUACGAGUUCGACGAGGACGACGAGGAGGAGCGCGUCCCACCCGUGGACGACAAGCAUCUGCUCAAGAAAGAGUUUCGCAAGGAACCCGUCAUCAAGGCCAACAACUUCAUCUCCAUACCCAAGAUGGAGGUUAAAACCUAUUCCAAAAGCAACUCGCUAACACCAAAGAAGGCUGUGCGUCGGAUCGUGUCGGACAGCAACAGCUCGGACGAAGACGACAGAACGUUGUGUUUCAUGCCCACGCCCACACCAAGACAACCUGCACCUCAGACGAACGUCAAGAGCCGAGACUCGACGUCAGCGAGCUCCAAGCAGCAAAAAGAGAAAAGUAAAGUGAAAAAGAAGAGGAAGAAGGAGACAAAAAAUAACGUCAGUAAGGAAGUGCGCUUCGGUAAAGUCAACGACAAGUUCUGCACCUCAGACUCGGAAAUCGGAGACAUUGAGAGCGAGGACGAUAAAGGCUCCAUGCAGAGCUCGAACUGUGUUAAGGACUCUUCAACACUGAGCCUUAAAGAGCCCUCUGUCUUUAGCUCUCUAUCUGCCUCCUCUUCGUCAUCCUCACACGGGAGUCUAAGCUCACAGAAGCACACGCAGUCUCUGGCAGAGCAGCAUCCAAAGCAGUGGAGGACAGAUGGAUGGAAAACGGUGUCCUCCCCAGCGUGGUCUGAUGUCAGCUCCCUCUCAGACUCUGUCAGAACAAGGCUAUCCAGCGAGUCUGACUACUCUUCUGCCGACUCCAGCCUCGAAUCUGUGAAGCAAGUUAAAAAGAAGGUGCAAGACAACCGAAAGAAAAACAACACGCAUGCCAACGCAAUAGACAAAAAGAACUCUGAGUUUUACAAGAACUCCAGCACGGAGGGAGCCAUUUCCAAAACGGACAAAGAUGGGAAGGUGUUAAAGAAACACAAGGUGAAACACAAACACAAAAGCAAGGAAAAAGAUAAGGCUCCAAGUGUGGUGUUGAGUCAAGACAUGAACGAAAAAUUUGUCAAGAGCUUUUCUUUCGACUUUGACGAUUCACGCCAGAAGUCGCUCAUUGUGGAGAUGGAUUCGCCUUCUGAAAAUAGAGUCAAACUUUCCAAACACGACAAAGAUCAUUUUAAGAAGGAUGACAGACUGUCCAAAGGCAAGUCUGAGGACAAGGACUGGCCUGGUAAAGAGGCUCUAAGGGCAACGAAGGAAGAGAAGUCGAAGAAAACGAAAGCGUCAAACAAGGACAAGGUGAGCAAAGAGGAGAGGGACAAACCUUUGAAGACUGAGAAGGAGAGAAGCAUAAAAGACAAAGACAAGGCCAAGGAGGAGAAACAGAAAGCCCAUAAAGAUGAGAAAAAGAAAAAAUCCAAGGACAGAUCUCUUAAAACAGACAAAAAGAACGAGCAGAAAGAGGACAAACAUUUUAAAUCUGAAAAAAGUACAAAAGAAGAAAAGUCCAAAAGGGAUAAAGCUGUUAAGGAGGAGCUUGAUUAUGACGACUACGACAGCAAAAAUCACUUAUCAGAGGAUGCCAAGAUAAGUGCAUCAGACGACCCCCACCAUCGCUGGCAAUCCGAUGUGUCUUCUGACAGUUCGCUUUACGGAGAUGAUAGCUGGGAGGCACCGGUGAAAGAAUACAAAGCAAACAACGCAGUCAAGUUAAUUGUGGAAACCGUAAAGGAGGAAAGCAGGGAGCGGAAAAAGGAAAAUAAAGUUAAAGAUAAAAAGCCAGAUCAUGGGGAAAAGCGUCCUGAAAAAGACACCGCAUCUAAGAAGAAAGACAAAGAAUCAUCUGAUAAGAAUGCAGACAAGAAAAAAGACUGGACGGACAAACAAAAAUUCAAUUCUGGUCUGACUGUGGAGAAGGAGAAGAAACGGAAAGAGUCAGCAGAGGGUGUCAAAGAGAAGAAAGAGAAGGAUGCUGUGGAUGGCAGCAGAGACAGAAAAGAUUCUUAUGAGUUCACUAAAGAAAGAAAAGACUCCAAAAUAAAGCAAGAAUCCUUGAGAGACGACUACGGGAGUGAAGGCUGCUUUAAAGAUAAAGCAGAAAACGAAACCACAUGUAAGUCUGAUUCAAGAGAGAGGAACCACUCUGGAAAAGAAAGGGAGAAGAAAAUGGAUGGUGUGGAGAAGAAAGAGAAAUCCAAAGGCGACAAACACAAGGACAAACCUAAAGACAGAAAUUUGGAUCAGGAAAAAGAGAAACCUGAGAAGAAUUCUGUUGAGCGAUCAAUGAAAGAUAAAGACCUGGACAGAACCUCCAAAGACAAGCGGGAUGUGGCUAAAGAAAAGCAUAAAGAUUCUCAUAGCAAGGACAAAGACAGGAAGACAACAUCAUCUGAGCAGAAUAAAGACAAGAAAGACAAGACGUCCCAGGACAAACAUGCUGACAGGGAAAAAGAUUUCAUGGAAUUUAAAAAAGAGGAGAGAAAACCUGAAAAGGGGAGAGAGAAGACGUGGUACAAGAUCGCUGAUAUCUUUACAGACGAGAGUGAAGAUGAUGACGACAAUUACAAUGGAGGUGUUGCUAAAUUAAGCGAUUCUCUCGGACUCUCAGACUCUCACAGAAAAGAUUCCACACCUGACAGAGAUGAAAUGGAUCAUUUCCAAACAGACAAACACAAGAAGUAUUCUGCAGAUGUGAAAAUGCAUUCCACAGAUAAGCAAAAAGAAAAGGAACAUAAAGAGAAGAAAAAAGAAAAGGCCACAUUUGAUGCUGGAAAGGAGAGAAAAGGCUCCAUGGAUAAACACAAAGAUAAAAAAGACAAAGAUUUGACAGACACAAAACACAAGGAACGUAAAGACAGAGCGUCUGUGGAUUCUAACCAGGACAAGAAAAGCAAGCAGAAACUUCUUGACAAGAGAGAUGCCAGCGAAGAAAAGAGCAAAGGCAAAUACAAAGACAAGCCAGAGCACUUAAAAGAGAAAAAACCCUCGAAAGGCAGCGGUGAAAAUGAGAAAUCCUUGUUGGAGAAACUUGAGGAGGAGGCCAUGAAUGAUUAUAAAGAUGAUUCCAAUGACAGACACAGCGAAAUUUCAUCAGACAGUUUCACAGACCGAGGUCACGAGCCUGUCCUCAGCAGCUUCUAUGAUUCCCCCAACAUCAGCAUACCUGAUGCAUCAGAGGAGAGAAGAGAGUCAAUAACCAUCUCUACUCCACAGGACAAGUUCAGAGAGAAAGAGAGACAUAGACAUUCUUCAUCCUCAUCAUCCAAAAAGAGUCAUGACAAAGAUAAGGAGAAAGUCAAGAAAGAAAAGGCUGAAAAAAAGUCUGAGGAGAUCAGAGAGUCUUAUGGCCGCAGAGAAAGCUUGCCCUUUGAAAAAGAGCCCAUGCCAUUGGAGGCGGACCCUUACACUUUCCCAUAUGGUUCCAAAGCUGAUGGAGAGGAUGACUUGGACAAGACAUUGGAGUUUGAGAAGGAGAUGUCCAAAAAGGACAAGACAAACAGCAUCAACAACAGCGAGAAAAUAAAAGACAAAAAGAAGAAGGAGAAGCACAAGGAAAAGGUGAAGGAGGAAAAGCAUAAGUAUUCAGAUGGGUUUGGCUCCUUCAAACACUCCAAAGAUGAACAAAAGUCUGGAUUAAAAGAAAUUACACAAGUUGCAAGCCUCAAAGACAAAUCUAAGGACGACUGCUCUAAAUUUGAUGGGAAAAAUAAGGACAGAAGCAAGGACAUUACAGAUAAAGAUAGAACGGACAUUAACAAAGCAAAGGUCAAAGACGAAAAUGACAAAUUCAGCCAGUCAAAAGACACAGCUCGAAAAGACACCCGGCCUCGCGAGAAGCUUCUGGUCGACGGUGAUCUCAGACUCACAAGUUUUGGCCAAAUGCUGAGUUUAAAAGAUCAGGAAACGAAAGAGUACCUUAAGAGACGCAAAGAGAAGAUGAAACAGAUGGAAAAACUGAGACACCGGUCAGCCGACCCAAAACUCAAAGAUAAAACCAAGUCACACGAGGAGUUAAAGAAGAACCACAGUGAACUCUCGUCCAAAAAAUCUGCUUCUGUAGAAACUGUGUUAAAGGAGAAAAAGAAAGAAAUCGCCACCCCAGCUCAAAUUAUGUCUCCUGAUAGAAAGUCACAACCUUUAGACAGUCAGAACUCAAAAGAAUGGCUCGCUGGACAUCAAAUGAAGGAAAGUCUUCCUGCUUCUCCUAGACCCGAUCAGAACAGACCAACGGGUGUCCCAACACCAACUUCUGUGAUAUCAUGUCCUAGCUACGAGGAAGUCAUGCAAACGCCACGCACUCCAUCCUGCAGCGCUGAGGAUUAUCCUGAUAUCAUGUUCGAUGGUCUCGAGUGUCAAAAUUCCUCAGCCACCAUGAACGCCUGCUCCCCAUCCUUCUUCGACAGAUAUUCCAACUCCUCCCACAACUUCCAAGAAGGAACGUGCAUAACACCCGCAAAGAACAUGCAGUUACCCCUCGUGAGUCGCUCUGCCACCUCCGAUGUCAGAAGACCGCUCGAGGUGGAGUUCAAAUCAGAGGCGGAGAAGUUUCUGCGACAGCAACACGUACCAGAAGUCACACCCUUCGAGUCUUCAGCCUCUCAGCUCAGUGAGGACAAGAUGGCAGCUGACAGACUUAAUUGUCUUUCUCCAGCUUUCUUUUCACCUCCUAUUGACAUGAUGUCUCCCAGGCCUGACCUGUCACUACAUGACAGGAUACCAGAGGAAGCUUCCGCUGUCAAUUCCAUCAACGAUGAGAGUGAACAUCCUUCAGGAAGUAUUUAUAACUCGUAUCUUAUGAAUCCUUCCACUCCCGUUCACAGACCUGACCCCCAAGAGCCCUGUCUGGAUAUAGCUGCUCCCCCGACUCCAGCUGCUGCUGCCCUGCCACCCAUGGAUCUUGAUGAUCUCUCAGAGCCACACCAGAGCGGACCUGGUCUGAUGCCCGCUCAUCCUGGGAGCGUGAGUGACUACUUGCCUCCCGUUGCUGAGGAGCAAGAAGAAGAAGAAGAAGAAGAAGAGGAGGAGGAGGAGGAGGAGGAGGAGGAGGAAGAUGAUUUCGGGGAGGAUGCUGCAGAAGUUCACAGAGCUGUUGAAGAAGCCAUCCAGGCAAGAGACGAUCCUCCUUAUUCUCUUGAAAUUGACGAGUCUGAUAAAAAGUCUUGGCUCGAGUGUCCGGAUAUCAGGAGAGAACCUGACAUCGUUCCUGUAACACCCACCCAUCCAGAGGACAACUUCAUGGAGAACUCAUGCGAUCAGUCUCUGGGCUGGAAUACAGAAGAGCUCACGAAAUCGCCUCAUGACAGUUAUGGAGAAGUGGAGGCUGCCGUCUCAAAGAUAAGCAGUCCCUAUUCUCAUCACUCCGAUUGUGAUCUGUCACAUAUCCCCAAUGUCAUUCCUGUAACACCUCCUCACUCGACCUACUCCACAGCGUACUCUGGAUCUCAUUACGACGUCUUCAAAGAUGCAGUAGAGGACAUUUCAUCCCCAGAGAGACCUAUGUCAGAACAAAUGGAGUCAGAAUCACCUCAACUUGACACUUUCUUCACUGACUGCAAACCCAAUCCCGAGGAGACCCACAUGGACCUGGAGGCCCCGUGUAUGAUGCACGACGAUAGACAAGAGAGUCCCGGUUAUGUGGCGGAGAGCUCCAUGUCCAUGGCCCCGCCUGUCAGCCAGAAUCCUGUCGUUUCUUGGGCAGAUCCGUUUUCAGGUGCAGCUGAUGAAUUGGAUGACAUGGGUCCCUUCUCGAUACCAGACCUUCCCUUCCAAGAGAAGGAGAUGCAGGAGCCUGAUAUAACAGCCCCAGAGAUCGUAGAGAGCAAGCAGCCAGUCAGUGAGCCAAGCGAGGAUGUUGAAAUGAUGGAUGUUGAUUUGGCAACUUUGUCCAAAGCUCAAUGUUCCCCUGCAAUUGUGCCUCCUCACGAACCCGCUCAGGAUUUGGUCUCACCCAUAUUCGAGGAGGACUACAGACCGCCGUUUGAACUGCAGCCUGUACCACAGAGCAUCCCAGAGGUUGCUGCAAUUAAAGAAACCGUUCCAGAGGUGAAGGGGACGUUUGAAGAAAUGGACGGUGGAAACAGUGGCAGUUUGUUUUCCAAAGAUGUUGAAAAGGACCUUGAAUACAUGCAAAAAGAAACAACCCCCGAUACGGUGAUGCCUCCUGUUAUGACACAAGCUCUGGAACCACCCGCUGCCACAAAACCACAUCCGUUAGUACAGAAUCCAGUGGUAGUGUUGGGUCCCUCAUGCAGCCCUCAUCCUUCUGUUCCACUUCCAACUGUUCCACUUCCGACUGUCUCAUUGACUACCACCACACAAGUGUCAGAGGCCCUCGAGACAACCGCCAAGUUAUCGGUGACCGUCCCGGUGCCCGAGCCACCCAAGAAAAUAGAGGAGAUACCUCAGAGGAUGACCAGGAAAAUGGCUCAAAUGCUAGCCAAUCAAAACAAGCUGAGCGCUGCGUCCAGCUCAUCGAGCCUCUCUAGCUCCGCAUCCUCCUCGCCCAUCACCACAAGUCUCACCACCUCCAAUGUCAGCGUUGAGAAGGAGAAAGAGCCAAUCAGCUCAAGCACAGCUCAAGCCUCCACUCCUGCACCUGCGCUCAUCACCAAAACGAAAGGCAGGCCCGUCGAGGACGACGACGGCCAGACACAGCAUCCACGCAAAAGGAAGUUUACCAAAUCGUCCCAGCAACACGUGCAGGUUCAGCUUGUCAACACGGCCAUGAAACAGACCCGGGAGAUGAUCCAGCAGACUCUUGCUGUCAUAGUCAAUGCCAUCAAACUGGAUGAGAUCGAGCCUUACCACAGUGACCGCUCCAACCCUUAUUUCGAGUACCUUCAGAUCCGCAAGAAAAUCGAGGAGAAGAGGAAGAUUUUGUGUUACAUAACACCUCAAGCUCCCCAGUGUUAUGCAGAAUAUGUGACAUACACGGGCUCCUACCUGCUUGAUGGCAAGCCUCUGAGCAAGCUUCAUAUCCCUGUGAUUGCUCCACCCCCAUCUUUGUCCGAGCCCCUGAAGGAGCUUUUCAGACAGCAAGAAGCGGUUCGAGGAAAACUCAGACUCCAGCACAGCAUUGAGAGGGAGAAGCUGAUUGUAUCUUGUGAACAGGAGGUGCUACGUGUUCAUUGCAGGGCAGCAAGAACAAUCGCAAAUCAGGCCGUUCCGUUUAGUGCCUGCACGAUGCUGCUGGAUUCAGAAGUCUACAACAUGCCAUCCGAAAGCCAGGGGGAUGAAAACAAGUCUGUGAGGGAUCGCUUCAACGCUCGCCAGUUUAUCUCCUGGAUUCAAGAUGUGGAUGACAAGUACGACCGCAUGAAGACGUGUUUGUUAAUGCGGCAGCAGCAUGAGGCCGCCGCUCUGAACGCCGUGCAGAGGAUGGAGUGGCAACUGAAGGUACAGGAGCUGGACCCCGCUGGACACAAAUCUCUGUGCGUGAACGAGGUCCCGUCUUUCUACGUGCCAGUGGUCGACGUGAACGAUGACUUCGUACUGUUGCCCGCGUGACACAGACACACAUUCAGACUCUGAGAGUUUGGGUCUAAUAUUAAUCAUCUAUCAAAGAGACAUCAAACAGAAAGUUCGGUAAGGGCUAGCCGGUUUGAGGAGAUUUCUUUGAGGAGAGAAAAUAUAUAUUCUAUAGAAAAAAGGUAAAUGACAUACAACUCGUCCUUUUCUGCCUGAGGAGGGGCCGUCUUUUUACGGGAGAAGAACACAACUUGCACUUUCAUACUUCAAGUUUUUAUGGUUUUGUUUGGGAUUUAAAAAGCGACAGUGCUUGAACCUUAGCCCUUCUGUGAUUCGGGUGACCGUAGGGGACAGGAUUCUUCUCUCCCCCAAACGGAACAACAACAAGGAGCUUAAGACAGGUUCUUCCACCGAUGUGCUCCAGAACCCGGGGACAGUCAGCACAGCGGUGGACGCAAAACCCCAACAACACCUCGAUGUGCCGGCACAAACAAAAAAGACCCAGUAGGGCGCGAUAAGGAGUGCCCUCUUGUUAAAUGGACCCGAGUCUGUCGCGACAACGGCGGUGGAGAAAGCGGCAUUCCUGCUGUACAGCACCCCCAGAACACGCCGGGGGACGCGCCGGGGAGCUGUGUACACAGCAGAGAGCAGAGACUGCGUCAGGGCUUGACACCUCGAGUGCCCUCAAUAGGGGCCAAUGGGGUGCAUCUGGUCCCACAUGCUGAAUCUGUCGGUCACGGAUGGUCCCUUAGCCAGGCCCGACACGCCUGCCUUCAAAGGAUUGCGUAAGGAAAAGGACUAAUGUUAAGAUGUUAAUUUAAGUUGCCAUCUUAAAUCAUGAGGCGAGGACUUACAAGAUGGUCUCUAGAGUUUUUCCUUUUCUUUUAAUGUUUUUUUUUCUUUUUUUGGUUUAUGUCUUUCUUUACUCGGGCAUUUCAUUGUUCCCUUUCUGAGGAAGUGACUUGAAACACUACAGAGCCAACAUUAGUUUAAUGGAAAAAAAAGAAAAAGAAAAAAAAAGUAUUCCGUAAAUGAUGUACAGUUUUAUAAUCAUUAACCAAUGUAUUCUCGCUGCCUUCUAGAUAAUUUAUUUUGCCACACAUUACUGCACAGUUGUAAAUAACGUAUGUACUGUAACAUCACUCAGUUAAGUGUAAAGAAUAAAUGAAUAAAAGUUAUCAUUGUAUGUACAGUUCACUCUCGGGCAGCACUUUCCCCCCUCAUACCUACGGGCCAAAUAGGUGUACACAUCGUCAGUAUUUUCAAGACUUUCACGCGAAGGUCCUAAAGGUUUUUGUCCAAGGCUAGUCAAAGUUAAUAUCUAGAUUGUCAUUGUUAGCGAACACCAUUUUCCUCCUGUCAGGGCCACCACUAUAAGUUUUCAGAUGUAGCAGAGCGAUUAUGGAUUUAUUUAAAGAAUAGUAGAGGUAUAUUAUUCAUCAUUUUAUUACACGAGUAUAUAUCUUUAAAAGUAUAAACCAAGAAAAUGCCUUUAUACAUUUUUACGUCUCUUGAUUAUUUUCUUCUGAAGCUGCACAAGUCAUAGGAUUGAAGAUGAGAACUACUUCAUUUAAGUCUGUCCAAACGUAACGCCACCCCACGAACAGCCGAAGUAUUUUCAUUUUUUACACAUUGUAAAGUUGUGAUUAUAGGAGGGUUUUUCCCCAUCCAGCUCCAGCUGCCCUCUGGUCAUGUCACGUUCAUUAUUAACAUGUAACGUUUGAUUGUAACUGUUGUUUUCCGCUCUUUUCUACAUUAUACAGCCGUAAAGAGUAUGACCUCUCAUUAGGUAAAGGCUGAUGCUUUCUGUUCAAGUUAUUAUUUUUCUAUUUACAAGAGUAAGAUUGUGAACUAGCAUGAUGAACCUUAUGCAGACUAAAGGAAUUGCAUCGGAUGUUUUACGUUUUGUUCUCUCACGAAUCCCAAAGCAAUUAGGUUUUUAUUUGGAUUUUCCAAGGUUACUUUUAUUGCAUGACACUUUGCAGUGACUGUCUCGCCACCCUCCGAUGUGGACCUUUAAAAUCACACAACUCCGUUUUUGGACUCGCUGUUUGUAUACAUGGGCUCUCUGACUGUUUUUUCAUCCUUGUAAAUCAUCCCUCACUUUGUUUUUGUUUUGUUUUGUUUUUUUGAGUAAUGUGCACCAAUGUUUUCCCCUUUACCAUCCCAGUAAACAUUUACAGUACAUUUAGAUGUUUAAAUUCAUCCGUCAACACAGAGGGGGACUAGUGCAAGUUGUUUUAAAAAUUGUUCCGUGUUUUAAAGAAAAAGAAAAGAGCUUUUAUUUCUAAUGAUUAGAUUUUGCUUUUUCGGGGCGGGGGGGGCUUGAAAAUGUUUUUGAUUUUUUUUACCCUUUUUCAUGACCUGCCUGUACUUCAGUGUGGUUGUGUGACGUUUGCGCAAUCAUCCAGGCUAGCGUUUUGUUGAGUUUUGUUUUUCUUUAGCCGUUUCAUGUGUGGUUGUGAGUCUGAAAAUCCCACAUGACGCAGUUCUGUAUGUGUGCAUUGAGUCUGGGUGCAACAGGUGUCACUAGGUUCACAGGUUAGUUGUUUCGGAUGACCAAUGUCCUGGUAUCGUGUGAGUACUGUACGGUGCUAAAAAUGUCUGCACAACACCAGUGGCUUUGCGUUCAAUGACUGGGGUUUUUUUUCGUGUUGUGUAGUAUCCUCUGACACGUACCCUUGAUUUUACAAGAUAAGUACAUUUGAUGUUAUUCGGUGCAUUUUAUUUCCCAUGAUAACAAAAUAAUGGCUUGUUAUUGAAAUGGUGUAUGUAUGUAUCAUCACUAAGCCACUGUAUUGUUUACAAGAUUUUAUGUCCUUUUGAUUUGGUGAAAGCUGUUUGGAUCCCGUUUUUAAAAGGCUUGAAAUUGUAAAUAACCUGAUGUUCUUCUGGGCUAAAUAUACUGUAUUGGAAUUCUACUAACCACGAGAUUGGACGGUAGUAAUCUUACACAUAAGCUUGUCUGCGAUUCACUGAUCUCCAUCUGCAACACGUUACCUCUUACUACAGAUCAUGCUGUUCACUUUUGGUUUUUGCAUCACGCCACAAUUUCAAGCCUUGUUUUAACAUUUUGUUGGUUUUCCUCAGCGACAGAUAUUUCUUGCAAUGGAACUGAACUCAUAGCUCAUGUAGAAUACGUCAUAAAUCAUGACCUAUUUAUUAUCUUUCUGACACCUGUGGUAUGUUUGAGUUGAAGGUCUCCGCUGUGUAUAUUUUCCUCAUGUAAUGCGUAAACGAGACGUUGUAUAUAACUGUAAAUAAUAUUCCAGGACGUUUUGCACCCUCCUCUUUGUACUAGUCUAAACUUGCGUAGAAUGUGAGGUUCUAACAGCAACGAGACGUGUCGCGCUCGCUGCCGGUGAUGUAACGAUGUAUCUUUUUUAUUUGUACAAUGUAGUUCAAUUGUGUACAUAUUGUUGGAGCAGCUAUGGGAGGGGAGGGGAGGGGUUUGUUGAUGCUAUCGUCAGUGCUGUCAAAGAUCCAGUACUUUCACCUUUAGCUGUGUUGAUAUCCUACAAUUCAAAAAGCGAGAAACUGAAAAUGAAAAAAAAACUUCACGGAGAGGAGAAAUUCAAAAUUGUUAUUUUCUACACUUGCAUGUACAGAGAGCGCGAGAACUGCUGUUGUUCCUCAGAGAUUAUGUUCGUAAAUAAAUUUUUGAAAUGACUUGUUUUGUGAUUUCUUUUUGGGACACGCACUAAUAAUAUUACAUGUUCAUAAUAUCAAUAAUAGAAGUAAACAAAAAAACGUAAGCUUUAUGUUUGCAGGGGCGAGUUAUCACUCCUUUAUUCGUUAGACAUUUUUCUCAGAAAAAGACUUUUUCUAAGUUAGUUUCUGUACAGACAUUUUGAACGUGUACACUG